GAAGGGGAAGUGAGUCAGUGUCUGCGGACCCGGCCGGCUAAGGCCCGCGCUCGCCGAGGCCCCAAGAGGCCUCGGUCCGGCGGCGGCGGCCAUGGCCGGGGGUCUGGGGCCCGGGGAGCCUGCAGUUCCGGGCGCCCAGCACUUCUUGUACGAGGUGCCACCCUGGGUUAUGUGCCGUUUCUACAAAGUGAUGGACGCCUUGGAGCCCGCCGACUGGUGCCAGUUUGCGGCCUUGAUCGUGCGCGAUCAGACAGAGCUGCGGCUGUGCGAGCGCUCGGAGCAGCGCACGGCCAGCGUCCUGUGGCCCUGGAUCAACCGCAACGCACGAGUGGCUGACCUCGUUCACAUCCUCACGCACCUGCAGCUGCUGCGAGCUCGGGACAUCAUUACAGCCUGGCACCCCCCUGCCCCAGUUCAGCCCCCAAGCACCGCUGCUCCAAGGCCCAGGAGCAUCUCUCCAGUCUCCGAGGCUGAGGACUGGAGUCCCCGGAAAUUACAGUCCUCUGCCUCCACCUUCCUCUCCCCAGCUUUUCCAGGCUCCAAGACCCAUUCCAAAUCAGAGCUCCCCAUUCCAAGCCCUGCUUCCUUCGGGCCACCACUGCAAUCUUCAGUCCCUUCUUCUACCAAGCAGCCAAGCCCAGAGAGCCCAGUGUCUGAGCUCCAAAGAGUCCAUCCCUCCCCAUUUUGCUGGCCCCUCUGUGAGAUUUCCCAAGGCACCUGCAACUUCUCUGAAGAGCUCAGGAUUGGAGAGGGUGGUUUUGGGUGUGUGUACCGAGCAGUAAUGAGAAAUACCACAUAUGCUGUGAAGAGACUGAAGGAGGAGGCUGAUCUAGAGUGGACUGUGGUGAAACAGAGCUUCUUAACUGAGGUGGAACAGCUGUCAAGGUUUCAUCACCCAAAUAUCGUGGACUUUGCUGGCUACUGUGCAGAGAGUGGCUUCUACUGCCUUGUUUAUGGCUUCCUGCCCAAUGGGUCCUUGGAGGAUCGACUGCACCUUCAGACCUGCUCCCCACUCUCUUGGCCUCAACGACUGGACAUUCUUCUGGGCACAGCCCGGGCUAUUCAGUUUUUACAUCAGGACAGCCCCAGCCUCAUCCAUGGAGACAUCAAGAGUUCUAAUGUGCUUCUGGAUGAAAGGCUGAUGCCCAAGCUGGGAGACUUUGGCCUGGCUCGUUUCAGCCGCCUUGCAGGGACCAACCCAAGCCAGAGCAGUUCUGUGGCCCGGACUUGCACAGUACGGGGUACCCUUGCCUACCUGCCUGAGGAAUACAUCAAGACAGGUCGGUUAGCUGUGGACACCGAUACCUUCAGCUUUGGAGUGGUGAUAUUGGAAACCCUUGCUGGUCAGAGGGCUGUGAGGACACAAGGUACCAGGACCAAGUAUCUGAAAGACCUGAUUGAAGAUGAGGCUGAAGAGGCCGGUGUGGCCCUGAAAAGCACCCAGCCUACUCUGCAGUUGGGUAUGGCCAUGGAUGCUUGGGCUGCUCCAAUUGCUGCCCACAUCUAUAAGAAGCACCUGGACUCCAGACCUGGGCCCUGCCCACCCCGAUUGGGCCUGGCCCUAGCUCAACUGGCUUGUUGCUGCAUGCACCGUCGGGCCAAGAAGAGGCCCCCCAUGACCCAGGUAUACAAGAGUCUAGAGGGGCUGCAGGCAGGGCCUCCUUGGGAGCCAGAGGUUGCCGGCCAUGGCCCCCCUUCCCCACAGGAGAACUCCUACAUGUCUACCACUGGCAGUGCCCAGAGUGGGGGUGAACCAUGGCAGCAUGUAGUAGUGAGCAGAAGAUCCCCAGCCCAGCUCCAGAAAACUCCCAACCAGCCAGUGGAGAGUGAUGAGAGUGUUCCCUGCCUCUCUGCUGCCCUGCACUCCUGGCACUUGACUCCAGGUUCCUGCCCAAGCCCACCAUCCUUCAGAGAGGCUAGCUGUACCCAAGAGGGCACUACCAGAGAAUCAUGUUUGAGGAGUGAUCCAGGCAUUCAGCCCACAACUGUGGAAGGCUCAUCCAUGGGCAGCUCCACAUCGCUGCCAUCAGAGCCACCACAGAUCAUCAUCAACCCAGCCCGACAGAAGAUGAUACAGAAGCUGGCCCUAUAUGAGGAGGGGGUCUUGGAUAGCCUGCAACUGCUGUCAUCAGGCUUUUUCCCAGGCUUGGAUUUAGAACAUGAAAACAGGCAGGGGCCUGAAGAAAGUGACGAAUUUCAGAGCUGAUUUGUUCACCCAGGCAAAUCUCUCAGACUCAGAUGUCAAAGUUCUCAUGUUUGGAAGUUCUCAUGAUGUGCAACCUCCUUAGUAGUCGAAAGGCAUCAGGUGUGGCGGCCCACCCUGGCAAAGGAGAGAGGGUGGUGGACCCUUUUGUUCUGAGGGUGUUGAAUACAGACAGGGCCGGCCAAAGAACCUGAUAAAAGCUGAUAUGGCAGGCCAUUUCAGGCCAGUAUUUGGGAACAAGGCAAGCAGAUGGCCUAAGGGGUUGUUGGGUAGUACAUGAGAGAAGACUCCUAGCUACACAGGCCCAGUGGAAGCAAGUGGGGCUGUUUGCAUGGUGGGAACUAAACAAGGUAUCCACAGGCCAGGCUUGUCAUAACUAUUACUCCAUCCUUUGAACUUCCCUAGAGUCCCAAGUGAAAGUAGCUAUUGUGCUUGUAAACUGUCCCCCCAAAAAGGAGUGUCUUACAUAUUAGUCCAUUAGCUAGAAGUGAACACUCUAAAACUCUCCCAAGAGUCCAAUAGGACCCCUCUUUCAUCUUGCAUGGGUAUGUGUAGGCCUUGCCAGAUACCUGUGAGCUAGUUUCAUGUGACUGCCUGCUAGGCAAGCUGUUCCUAUACCCUGCAGGUGGGCUGUGGAUGCCCCAAGUUAACUGUUAGACCACAGUACUGGUUGUGGUAGAAAGGUUCAGGAAAGACCAGCUUUGUGGUACCAAGACAGCAAGAAGCCCCAAGAAAGCAGAAACUGAGAGCAAAGAAAAGUAUUUGAAGAGGGAAGAAUGUUCCAUUUUAAGAAACAAGUUUUUGUGUAACCAAAUAUCUUCAAAAGUAACCCAGGGUUACAACCCAGGCUUACAGUGAUUCUGUGUGUGAGUCACGAGUCACACUACAUGCCCCUGUGAAGAACUGAUGACAUCCAAUUUGUUCUUGAGUAAUAAAAGCAUACAUUUCACCAUCAGGUUAAA